GAAAAAUCGCGGCGGACAUUUUGAAGGCAAAAGUAAAUUUGAAGGAAAUUUAAAUGCGCUCGAAGUCAAGUUAAUAUUCGCCAAAACAGGAUUAGCUAAUGGUAAAUCGAUGCCGGAAAGUGCGAAGAUCUUGUGGUGCAUGUUAAUUUGUGCGGAAGUGAAGUAUUUAGGAUGAAAACUUGAACGUAAAAAUCUCCAGAGCUUGCUCGUCGCGGAUUUCAGUCGACGACGCAGAGGAUUUUUUCUCAUCUCUUCUCCACUCGCGCCCUGCUCUACUGUAUGUGUAUUGUGUGUUACAAGGCACUCGUCGACCAACUCAAUCAAUCAAACCGUGAAAAAGAAAAGACUUUUUGAGAACGGGAUAGCGUGAAAAAGUCGACCGUGUGACUCAAUCGUGCAGAGAAAAAAACAGUGGGACAAAGUUGGAACAUACCGGACCGGGCGGAACUUCGGAAAAGCAAGUUUUCUGUACUCUGCAUCUGGAAGUACCUGCUAAAAGAUAACAAUUCCGAUGGCCAUCUGUUUUCCUUCAUGAAUGUUCCAAUCUUUAACAACUCAAAUCAGCAAAGAUAUUGGAUGGAUGAAAUACCGACGAAGACAGCGUGUCACCUAAGCAGAUCAGCUAGCGACAAAAUCAUUGUGAGUUUGUUUCAAUUUUAAACACAUAUUUGCCUAAGAUGGAUCCAGUAGGUCCAUGGUCGUACACGUAUAAUCGACAACCGGGCACAGCCAGUGGAGAGUUCCACCACCACCUAGCGACGGCAGCCGCAGCCGGUGGUAUCGGACUUGCUACCCACAAUACAACCGUUGGAGUGCCAUCAACUACAUCUCAGCUGCUCCUGCAGGCAGCACAUACAACGUCCCUAGGGACCUCAUCGGGUCCGUUCAAUCCACCUGGUUUUCUGUCACCUCCGGGAGUCGGCUACGAUGGAGUGUUUACACCAUUGUUCCAUCCUGCCGCCAAUCCAAAGCCUGCACAUUAUAGCUCGACCAUUAACCAGCAUAGGGUGCUGGCUCAAGCCCAGGCUCAGGCAGCAGUGAAACAGGUCAGUGAUUCCGAAACUCUUCGAGACAACUACACCACACAACAAACCUUGGUCGCUGCUGCCCAAGCGGCCAACUUUUUCGAACAGCAACAACAACAGCAACAACAACAGCAGCAGCAGCAACAACAACAACAACAACAAGCAUCCAAUACCAGUGCAACAAGUAGUGGAUCCACAUCGGCUAGUGGUUCCUGGCAAGGGAAUCCAAGUCCCUUUGGCAUUAUGCCGCACGAAAAUGUAGUCCAGUCGAACCCUGCCACUUCAGCGUCAUCGAAGACCACUACUUCAACGUACGAGAACUUCAACGCACAUUUCACGAACUUGAACCAACUCAACUCACAGUUGGUUAGCAAAGCGUCAGCGCGAUCAGCAUCACCUGCGGUCAACAGUGGAAGUAGUAGUACCGGUACAGCCAAAGCGAGUACUAACUACUUUGCUUCAUCGAACACAAGCAGCAAUCAGCAGCAGUAUGGUGGAGUAAACGAAUCUCUAUCAAAUUAUUCCACUCAACAGCAACAAGCCAGCAAGCAGCAACUGGAUUACGGUAGUACUAGUAAGUCAUUGUCGUCCAACUCCGGUACAGGCAGUAGUUCGUCUUCGCUUCAGCAGACCUCUUCAUCUUCUUGCAUUGUUAUUACCCCGGUGUCCAGUUCUAUCAACUCCUCACCUUCCCUAUCAUCUCCUCCUGCCACAGCAAAGGAUUACAAAUAUCAGUCUCGUAUCAUACCAUCCCAAACGCCCCUUGUAAAUUCCUCUAUCGUCUAUGCGUCGCGUAAUCACAACGCCCAUCAUGCAACAGCCGCAGUCAGCAGUUUGACUGAUCCAAAAACUCGAUUGUUGUCGGCAGGUAUGCAAGCACAGCAGCAACAGCAACAGCAACAUCAGAUCCACCAUCAACAGCUACAGCACAAUGCACACCAUUUGCUGCAGAUGAACAGCUUCAUAAUACCACCAUCGGCUGCGUCGCCACCAACGGUACUCAAUAGUAGUAAAAUUGUACAAAAUAAAACCUCUAUCCAAUCGAAAGCGAUCGGUGGUGGAGGAGGCGGAGGAGGAGGAGGGGGAGGCCAAUCAGCCACGAUAAAAUCCGAUGGCCAACAUACUGUAAUUAGUCACCAACCCCAGUCAUCACCAAUCAGCUACUCGAUUACUGAUAGCAAUGGACGAGCGAGUAGUUCCUCUUCCUCCACAUCCUCAUCUGCUACGAGUGCUAAAUUAAAUAGUCCCAUUAAUCGUGUCAAUAACAGUAACAGUAGUAAUAUUUCUAGGAAUAAUAGUAACAGUAGUAGUAAUCAGCAGCAGCAAUAUCAACAAAACAGUGCCUCUAAUAGCUAUAGAACUAAUUAUAGUCAGUUGAACCUAUCUGGUAGCAGUGCUGAGUCAGUUGACUACGGCCGUAGCAACAAACAUGAGUCCCAUCAGCAGCAGCAGCAGCAACAACCACAGCAACAGUAUUCGAAUGGUCCCAUUGCUUCACUAUCUCGCCAUAAUAUGCCCCCAUCGCCAGCGGCUUCCGAUUACAGCAGCUCUUCGGGGACGAUAUCGAGGCGUGCUUCGUCACCUGGCCAUUCUCAUUCUCAAGCUUCCCCUUUAGGCCACGUGUCUAGUCCGGCUUAUCCCAUGUACAAUAGUCCCAUGGGUAAUACGCUCUCGUCCCCGCAGCAUCAUCCACAGCAUCAGUCCAACCUCCAAUCAACGGCAGCACGAUCGCCAUCAACCAACUUAUCUCGGCAGUCCCAAUCUCAGCAACAACAACAACAACCUUCCCAACAAGUAGGAUAUUCGUCUGUUAUAACACGUGCACAACAACCGCAGCAACAGCAGCAACAACAACAACAACAACCACAACCACAACAGCAGCAACAAUCAUCACAUAUAUCCCCGAUUCAAGUUCCUACGUUAAGUCAUUGGAAUAAUCGGUUACAGCCGGAACGAAAUGAUCCGAUGACAAUAGUGAAAAAUCUUCAGCAACCAAGUAUCAUUUCUCCGCCAAAUGAACGGCAAGUUGCUCCACCAGCAACUCCAGAAAAGACUGAAUCAAAAUCGAGACGGAAAAAGUCCGAUACACCAACUAGAAUCAUCCCAGUGGCUAGUGUGGCUAAUGGAGAAUUUAAUGUAAAUAACAACAUGACGUCUACGAACGCUAGUAGUGCGGUGGGCGCAACAAACAGUCAGGCAAGUACAAGCGGGACGAGUAGCGAAACAAGUAUGAAAGACAACAGUAAUACGCUUGAUUUUGACCGGUGGAAUUUGGCACCUCCACCGGCUGGGACUACGAAAAUGUUCUCCAAUAGUAACUUUAUACCUCAACCACCCUCCACCUCCUUCAUUCCUCCUCCCCAUCCGAUUUACUACCCUGCUUUCCAUGGUCCGAUUCCUCUGAUACCAAACGAGAUUAUUAACAACACCCUCGCGGCAGCGGUCAGCAGUAAUCUCGAUACUCCAACUUAUACCACUUUGCUCAGUGCGUCCGAUAGCACUAAUCUGACUACACCUGGUCGCGGAGGCGAAGACGAACGGCCUUCUACUAAUGCUGCAAACAGUAAUAAGGUUGUAGUCCCGAAUAUAGAGGAAGAACUUGGAUUUCUUGCAGAAAACUCGAGACAAAAUUCCCAACAGCAGCAAGGUACUUCCAAUGAUGGUGCCACGUCAGCAGCCUCUGGUAACAAUGGUCUUGCAGCUACACCAGCCAAGAAGUUUAACGUACCACCUAAGGAUUCCAAAGGCUUCAUGGGAAGCUAUCUGAAAUUUUUGCAGGGCGAACGAGAUACGUCUCCACCGCCGGCUAGCAGAAGCAAUCGGAAGACCACCUGGUCUCGACCGACGGGAAAUUCUGCUAAUGCAAACAAGAAUAAUGCUGCUAAUAAUGCUGCCAAUAAGCAAUCGGCUACUACUCAACAACCACAACAACCGCAGCAGCAGCAGCAACAACAACAACAGCAGACGCCUCAGGCUCAACAGAGUCAACAAUUGGCUCUUAAUGUUAGUAAUGGUAUGCUACACGCUGAACAAUACAUGUCUAAUUUCCAUAUUCCAAAUCUGCAGCAGAAGCAGCCGGCAAAUCUUCAGCAACCUCAACAACAGCAGCAGCAGCAGCAACAACAACAACAACAACAGCAACAUCAACUUCAGCAACAACCUGACCCCCGAUACGCUUCCUAUACGGCUCAGAAGGACAACCGGAAGCGCAAAUACGAUACGGCAGAAGUUGCCGAUCCCUUGAAUGUUCCCCAGCGUCGCCAGACCUCGAAUCGAAAGGCUAAGGCCAAGGCAAGCAACAUACAGCAAAUGAUUGAGCGUGGCCAAGGCACCGGUGGACUAGACCAAAUGGAGGACCCGGCGGAUUUUGCAGGAGACUCUGACGAAGAUCCUGCCUGGACGCCUCAGGAAAAAGAUGAUGACGACGAAGAACAAGAUAUGAUGGGCCGCAAGAAGGUCAAAAAACCCAAAUCUAAUCUUGGAAAACAACGGCCCCGCUCGAACAUCCUGUCAGUGGCUGCGGCUGGUGCUGGUAUAGCUGAUUAUGACUAUGGAAGCGAUAGUGACAAUGCGCUCGCUGGUAGAGCCGGAACAGCAGUCGUUGGUCAGCCUGCAAUGACCAAUCCUCAACAGCAGCAACAAACAGUACAUCAGCAGUCAAUUCUCCAGCAACAAAUACAGCAACAGCAACAACAACAACAGCUACUGCAGCAACAGCAAAUGUACCAACCGCAUGCGGCCAUUGCUACCAAUCAAAUCAUCCAGAAUCAGUACAUUCAACAACAACAACAACAACAACAACAACAACAACAACAGCAGCAACAACAACAACCGCAGAUUCAGCAAUACAGUACAGGGACAAUGGUGAAUCAACAACAGCAACAACAACAACAACAACCACAGCAACCACAGUCUACCAGCUCUAAUGAUGAUUUUCAGACUGGUGAUUUCGUGGUUAUUCGGUCGGAGCUCGUUCAGGACUACCCAUCAGUUUGGCGGGUAGAUGGUAAGACGUUGCUGCAAAAGUAUGAACCAUUCGACCAGAAUGGUAAAACGCUUCAUCGGAAUGUAUCAACGUACGCUGCGUGGAAUGCCGAAAGCAAGAAACUAUACGUAAAAAUUCCCGUUCGAUUCCGAGUGCACAACCAUAUGGAAUCCGUGGUUGAAUUCAUGCGCAACGAAAUGUCCAUCGACGAUACGGAACAGUUUCUGGAGAAAUCGAUGACCGAAACCAAGAUCUACCAGGACGUUUUUGAGGUGUACAUUCAGACUUUGAUCUCACAGGCAUUGGAUUCCAAUUUCUUGAAGGAAAUCUUCCAGGAGCAAGAUGACUACUUCCUAUCGCGAGUGCAGACCAUCGAUAGUCUCACCGAAGAUCGGAAGCGACGACUGAUUCAGAUUACACCGUGGUCGCGAAAUAUGAUCACGUCGAUAUCAACGUUCCCCGCAUAUGAUAUCAUGACCGAGCUUGGUCACACGAAUAUGAACCAUCCGGUAUGCGUGGCAUGCCAUCAACCAGGAAUUUCGGUGCGUAUCGUUCUUCAGGGUCAAACGUACAACUCGGCAACGCUGGCUCCGUGCCCCAUUCAAGACAACCGGAUUCAGUAUGAGAAGAACUUUCUACUCUGUCGUAUUUGUUCCUCCCGUUUUGAACUAUUACACAAGAUUUGCCACCAAAAGUAUAUGAUGUUCGUGGAAUGUGCAAAACGAGUCAACCAGCAGAUUUCCAACGAUUCGUCAAAGGCAGCCACAAUUAUCCUAAACGAACUGCUGGCGGACGAACAUUGGCUAACGAUGCUUUUCAAAGAAGUCCGUAGCAUUUGGGCGGAGAUCGAAAAUAUGGAACGCCAAUAUCGAUUCCAGGUGGCGUCCCAAUGAGAUAAGGGGAAGACUGCAAUAAAAACUACAUAACGUCAUCAACGGAUUAAUUAUUCCCCGUAAGUCAAGAUGGGUACAUAAAUACAUAAACGUUACAUACACAACAAGUAAGACAUAACACACAAAUAUAACAAUGGACUACAGAAUUCGCGCUAUAAAAUAGAAACUGAACGCAUUAAUUUAACAAUGAUACACUCAUACGCAUACACAAACAAAGCAGUAGAAAACUACACUUAAUACCAACAGAAGUUUUAGAAAGUGACAUACAACAGUAAGUAUUUCCUAUUAGAAACCCUUGGUGUAUUUAACCGGUAAUAACAUCAACAUCAAAAGCCUUAUAUUUAAGCAACCAUUUCAAUCAUUAGUAGAUGUUGUUUGAAUUGCUAUGGAUUUUUACCUUUUUUAUAAGCCACUAUGUAAUUCCUAUCUUACCACUUUUGGACAACGGACUUGGUUAGAGAAUGUUUUCUAUUUUUUGUUGAAGUUAAAUACGAAACGUGAGGCAAAACUUAACUAAAACUACAGAAAUACUGAAUUCGCAUAUUGUUAGAUAUUUUUUCUAAAUGAAACGAAACGGAUUAGUACACUACAUUGUCUAUUGUCUAUGUACUGUAAAAAUAUGAAACGUGAGAUGAAUAGAAUAAAACAAAACAAUA